UUUUUGAUUGCUCAGAAUGUCAAGCAGAUAGAUGGAAAAUGAUGGAAUGUCACUCACUUCAAACAAAUGUUGCUACCGCCCCAUAUCAUUGCCCUCUCUAUAGGCUCAUAUAAAUAAUUAAUAUUGCACAACAUUCAGAAGUUCACAAUUUAUUUGAGUCACAGCAGUAUCACCAGUUGGCCUCUGAAAUCUCUCUGUAGUGUAUGUGUGUGUGUGUCACUUGUAGUGAACACCAACGUAUAGCACUCUAGUUAUCAUCGGGGUGCAUGGAUACUGAUCUCGGCAUGGCAGAGCAGACGGAAAGAUGGAGAUUGUGCUGGCGACACACAGCACAGCCCAACUGAUGUCAGGGACAGAAAGGCCAACAAAAGGUCACAGGUCUCCGGUCUUAUCUCUGGGCAUGACAAAGAGUGGAGGUGAGUUGAGGUCCUUCUGUGAGAUGCUGAGGCCUAUAUAAGGUAGGGGCUGACCAGAAAGAAAUACAAACCACACAGACAUCUCAAGCAAUUUCCAGCCUUUGAGACACCUACGACAUCUUUUCACUCUCACUAUGUGGAAGGCAGCACUCUUGACCCUGGGCUUGUUGGUGUUGUUGGUAGACAGGGUACGGCCCAAUGAUGGCCAUCCUUCUUUCUAUGGGGUGAAACUGUGUGGAAGAGAGUUCAUACGAGCUGUCAUCUUUACCUGUGGUGGUUCUCGCUGGAGGAGAAGCGUAGGAGACUCAGCUCUUAUUGGAGAAGAGGCCUUUGACCCAUGGAGCACAAAUCCCAUCCCUCAACUUCCCAGCGAGCAGGAUCCUGCAGAGUCCCAAGCAUGGAGCGAUCAAACAUCGAAUGUGGCAUCUGUGGCUGCUGGAUUCAGCCGCUCAGCUCGCUCGCCAAUCUCAGAGGAGGUGCUGGAGGCUCUACGGAGUGCAGAUAGGAAAGGACGGGAUGUAGUGGUCGGACUGUCCAACGCCUGUUGCAAGUGGGGCUGUAGCAAGAGUGAAAUCAGCUCUCUCUGUUGAACCUUGUUUCUUAAAUAUAUGUCUUGUCCUGUCACUAAUGCAGAGCUCUACUCUUUUCCUAGAAUUCUUAAAAUUCCACAUCCCAUCCAACUCGCCGCCAUAUGUUGACUAUUGAUACAGGAAUGUGACUGUGUACUCAAAUCAUGUUUACUGUGAUUAUCACAUAUUGAUAUUUAUAUAUAUAUGUUUAAUAAAGCUUUGUGUAGUUGGUA